AUGACAUUGGCAACACCCUUGUCCGCCCAGUCUUUCGUUAGGCUCCUCAAAGCCCCCACAGAUCCACCUAAUCCAGAGAGCCCACCAAAAAUCCAAAUCGCUUGUGCAGCAUGGGAUGAUACUACUAUUCACAUUCCAAAUAAGCACGAGCUCAUCGCCGAGUUCAUACUCACCCGACUACUCAAAGACAAGUCAAAAACUAGCGACAAUCCGGUAAUCGAUGCGCGGUACUGGUCCCUUCUUCGCAAGGUUUUGGUUUUAGAUGGCAGCGUAGGGGCAGGUGUACGUGGCCUCAAGGUCUGGCUUGGUUCUCUUCUCAAUCGCACACCGCUCGCACCGAUAAUAAUCUCGAUCCUUACUCUCCUAAGGGAUCUGCCAGUUACAAAAGCGAAAGAGCUUCUUGUGCUCGUACGCCCGUGCUUCUCUGUCCUGUGGCCGUUAAGUGUCCACAAAAUUGGCGUGGAGACACUAUUAGAGUGCCUUGGUGCUGUACUGAAUGUCUCUACUGAGCUGCUUGACGAUGUCAUUUUGGAUGGUAUCUGUGAGACAAUCGUAUCUUCAUAUAGAGAAGCACUAGGAAAUGCGGGGAACAAGAAGAAGCUACCUGUGACCUUCCUUCAAUUCCAUCUCUCAUCCUGGAUUCAUGCAAUCUCGUCAUCAUCCCAUUUGUCUCCACAGUUGAAUAAAGCAAUAUACGCUGCAGGAACAGAGACCUUGUUCUCUCUCGAUACGCUUCGUGCAUCCCCCUCAUCUGAGAGCUUAUUCACCGGCCUAUCUUCUUUGCCGGACUCACCAACCACAAUAAAUCUCGCGAUCCCGCUCCUACCCCGCCUCUUCAGCACCCAUACGCACUUCCUACGGCGAUACCGCACCAGUUUGUUUCCCGCUUCCCAGAAUAACAUACAAAACCGUGAAAACGAUAUGAGAAUGACAUCCAUGGCAUUCUUCGCGUCGUGCCUCAAGUUAUUGGCCGGGAACGAUCUGAGCUGGGACGCAAGAGUGGGUUUGGUCAACAUUAUUGAGAGCGAGCGCAUUUACGCAAGUCAAUGUGUGGGAGAGAUGGAGGUGGAGGCAGUCAGAGAGGAUGCGGUCCGGGUAUUGGAGGAAGAAAAAGCGGAGCAAAAGGUGGUAGGUUUGGCUUUGGACGUGUUGGCUGCGCUCGCGACGGUCGACUAUGAUGUGAUUGAACCUGUGGUAGGAAGAAUACUUCCUCGGCUGAUAUUGACUCGCCCAUCUCCCUCCAUACAAAAAUCAGCCAACGUACUUCUUAACAUCCUCCUCGACUUUCACUCCAAGACGCGCACGUUACACGCAUACACUCAUGCACUCUUUGAUGCCUGCACCUCUCUUCUUUCCAUCAGAUCCCUUGCGUCACUACAAGAAUUCUACGACCGCGGACGCACCUCUAUUAUCCUCGCGCACACCCACCUUUCCUCGCUCGCACAAGCAUUCCGCACAUUCCUCACACCCACCCAAGUAAAGGAGGCAGCUCAGAUUACCCCGGCUCUCAAAAAUACUUUUAAUACCUACCAAAACCUUUCCUUGCGGAUAAAAACUAGCGAGAUGGAAGACAGACCGCGUAAAAAGCGACGGAAAAGUGAGCCUGCCCCGCCAUCUGCGAGUCCAGCGCCCAUACAGGCCAUGCAGGAAGUAGAUGCUUAUGCACUUUCACUUUCCCUCACUCUCAAGUUCGCGGCUCUAUUCCUGUCGAACCUCCCAUCUUCCUUCGUCAUCCCUGAGGUCCGCGAGGUUGUGCUUGAGGCAAGCGUAUGGGCCAUCGAGGCCGCUCGCUCGCUUCUUUGUAACGAGACUUCGAAAAUAUCCUGGGCAGACCAAGUGACAAGUGCUGCACUUCUUCGUUUUGCGUAUCAUCUACUGGCUUGGAAGUGCGGUGGAGAACUAGGAGAUAUGCGAGGACUAUUGGAGGUUGCCAAAACAGAAGAUGGUGCGGAGGGGGAGCUAGUGCUUGAAAUUCUGCGAUUUCUCUUUGCGUGGUCUUCUAGAUCGGACACCGAUGUAGCAGUGGAAACUGUAUUGGACUUUGCCCUGGCGUAUAUCGAGGCGCAAGCGGAGAACACGGACGGAUUGAUGGUACUCUACCUAAUCGUCGAGCGGUGGUUAGAUCUUGUAGAUGCCCGAGGAUCUAAAUCUUCCCUCGAUCGCCUGAUCAAACUUAUAUUCUCUAUUUCGCCCACGUCUACUCGUCGCGUGGACGUGCAGGGCUUGCAGCCAAAAGAUGUUCUCUGGGGUGUUUUGCACAAUGCGCAGUUCUGGGAGAUGGGGAACAUACGAGUCUCCGUUCUUGCAUACCUCACGUCCCCGCCUAACUCUAUGAAAGUUCCUGCGUUGGAUCAGCUCAGCAACACUUACUACCUCCUCUUAUAUGUUCCCCCUGAGUACCUCACUAAACAGGCUCGCGCGGAGCUUGUGCACCGGGCAAUGGAGGGGGAUGUCACUCUUUCAUCGUUGCUGCAUGCGACCACCGGAGAGAAGACAGCGAAGGGCAAACGUAAGCGUGACGAAGGAAGGGACCUAGAAGAUAUGAGGCAAACGCUCAUGCACAUACGUGUAUUCCUUCAACGGAUGGGGAAACUCGGGUAUCUGAACACGUCUGAUCGCGAAAGCGUCAGGGACUAUGUGAAGCACCUCAUGAGCACGGAGGUUUCAGAUAAUACGGCGUUGAGAGAGGCCACGAUAAAUAUUGCGGAAUUUUAUAUUGUUGCGCUCCUGCGAGUAUCAGAUCAAGACCCUUCUGCUUCAGCCGCGUGUGCUUCUAUUUUCUGCUCUCUCGCGCAGUCGGGUUCUCUUGAUGAAGAGAGCGUUACCCAGUUGUGUGUCCUCCAGCUUGUUGAGCGUCUCAGACAGGAUUUUUCUGUUUUCAGUCUUCCUGGCUUGAUAGUUGCAUCAAUAAAAGAAGUGCAUGCUGCACUAACUCCAGUUUCAUACCCUAACGUCAUUGACACGCUCCCCGCGAGCGGGACUAUUAAAGCAUGGGCGCGCCACCUUUCAUUUAGCCAUUGGUUAGGCGUUACUGCUACUUCAACUUCUGAGUACGGCCAACAUAUCGCAGCCGCCCUUUUGCGAAACAGAGAAAAAUGCAAGUCUUCUGCAGAAACCUUGGGACUUCUCUUUGAGGAACUGCGUUGCUUGCCCAACAUCGACCGCAAGAUGCAUCUUGGUCUAGCAGUAGGGGUGUUUAUAUUUUCUACGGAAGCUGGAGACAUAAAAUCCUUGGAUGAAGUCGUCUCAAGCGGAUCCAAGCAUCUUUCAGUCGAUGACUUCUCACAUCUACUAAACACAGUAUAUGAGGCACUUGAAAGCACGCGAUUUCCUCCGGUUCAAUGCGUGCGUCUAGUGCAUGCGGCCACUGUUCUGUUGCGUGAUGCACCUCAAGGGACUUUGAAGGUCGUUCAGUGUUUGUUCAGUCAGUGUCUGAAUCUCUUUAUCGGACACAUACAGUUCUUUGCGGGUCCUGUGGACUUGAAGUUGGCUUGCCUCGAGUUUGUGGCUCGGCAGUGUUCAGAUAGGCCUGCAGCUGUUCGCCCUGUCGACCCGGGUCCCAUCCAUGUCCUGCUGUCUAAGAUCCUUUCCGGGUCUCCAACACAUGACAGUACCACCACGCCCGCGGUCUUCCACGCCUCUACCACAAUCCUAAACGCACUCGUUCGGCUGCGACGCGAUCUUGUCGUCCACGUUUUGCCACAUCUGGGGAUGGUUCUCCGCCAACUGGUCUCAUGCACUCGCAGCCUACGGCCCCAGCUAGCCGCGAAGCAGAGCCGCAUCGUCACCGACACCCUCCCAUCGUGGAUAGCACCAUCUGAACCACUAGGUGUGUCAGAAGCUCGUGCACUUGCACGGCUAUUCACCUCCUUGACGACAAAGAGUGUCCCCCGCGUGCACAUGCAGCCCAGUGCAGAGCAGAAAGCGGAGAGCCUAUCCAAACCGUUCGCCAAGCAUGCUGCUUAUGUGCUUACUGCGCACAUUGACGCUGUGAACGACCCGUUGUGUGUCACACGGGCAGAUGUGAGGCGUGAGCUUGAGCCGGGUCUGUUUUCACUGUGCGAGAUGAUGGGCACGCACAGUCGUGAUGCUGUUAUGGUCAGUGCGUUGGAUGCAGGUGGGAAGAGCGUGAUGAAGGCACUCUGGAAGGAGUAUGAAAAACAGCGGUAUAUUGGGAAGGGGUAG